AUGUAUGACGCGAACUCGACGAUUUGCUCCUCAGUCCACAGCGCGUCGCUGACCUUGUUUUCCCAGGAGGAAGUUCGUACGCUGUCGUCCUGUCGAAUCUCCGACACAAAUGUUUUCUUGGAUCCGCAUGCGUCGAGCUCUUCGCUCUCCGCCACAUUCACCGCCGCCAGAGGCGGGGGACCCGAAGCCGUGUCAGGCGGUCUCCACGAUGCUCGCCUCGGAAGUCUCGACGGCAGAGAAAUCUGCGAAACCUGCGGCUGUCGCAGCGACUGUCCUGGACACCUGGGCCACAUCGACCUCGCCCUCCCUGUCUUCCAACCGAUCUUCCUUCCUUCGCUUGUUAAAGUGCUCAAACUGUCCUGCCUGCACUGCGAGAGGCUGCGCGUUUCUCCGGCGGCAGCGGCGUUGUUCGUUAAAGCCUUCGAACUUCUCCAGCUCGGUUGUUUCGACGCGGUCGACGAAGCUUCGCGUUGCGCCUCCUCGGCUCUGCGCUCUGGAGCGCGCGGUGUCUCUGCGGCGUUCUCUCUUCCCCCCAGUCAGCGCGUGGCCGUCUUGCGGAUCUUCGAGAAAAUUGACCAAGAACUGCAGAGGCGCGGCGGCGCACAUCCAAACGUCUCUGCGGCGUCUGCCCCAGCCUCGCCUCCCCGCAAAGACUGCGGCGAGAGGCACGACGCUGUGGAAGAGCCGGAACCUGACGAGAGCGAGGACGCGCACAGCGCCGCACGUCGGACAAAGAGAGACGCGGCAGGCGCCGAGACCGACCGGGCAGAAGACGCAAAGGAACAGCAACGCGUGGCGAAUCUUCUGCGUGAAUCCACCGACUUUGAGAAGGAAGAAAACCGCCUGCUUCUGGAGACGUUCGGACACGACAUCUCGGGAAGUGCUUGGCAAGUCUCCACCUGGAGGAAACUGAGAGAUCUGCUCUGGACCCGAGCCGCCGCCAGCGCCCUCUGCGCAAACUGCGGCCGCUCCAAUGCAGUGACGUUCCACGUGGCUCAGCAGUCGACGGGUGUGGAGAUGCGAUGGAAGUGGACAGGGACUCCACCGUUUGACAAGAAUAGCGCCUUUUUCUCUUUCGUUCGCAACGCGACGAAGCGGCCAGGGCGGGAGGAAGAAAGCGAAGGACGGAAGAAAGACGAUGGCAGAGACGACGCUGCGGCGCUCUUUGAUGAGCGCUGUCUUACCUAUGGGAAGAGCGGCCGCGCCAUCGGGAAGCUUCACCUGCAUGCGUUCCAGCUGAUGCCAAUGCUUCAAAAUGUCUUCAAGAACUCCGUCGACCGAAGGCUCCUGCACUGUCUCUUUCCGAUGAGCAUUCGUUUGAGUUCGUCGUGCUUUUUUAUCUCUUCGCUCCCGGUGUCGGCGAACAAAUUUCGACCGCCUCUCGCUGGCGGCGCGGCGUUCGGCCGCGAGGGCGGAGGUAUGCCGCUUCUUCACCCGCGCACUGCGACGCUUCUGGAGUUGCUGAAGAUCAACGAGAAAGUUCAGUUUGCGCUGACCAUCAUGCGCCAUCCCGACCCCACUGGUGCUCUCGAGAAUCCUGAGUGUUGGGGCGAGCUCUUUGGCUACUCCGUGGCGACUCAGGAGGCAGGCCCGGACGAAGAGGAGAAGCCCCCGAAGAAGAAGCGAACGGAUGGCGAUGACGAAGGCGAGAAGGCGAAGGCCAAAGGGAAGGUUGCCGAGUCAAAGAGCGCCGCUGCAUCCGUUCUCAGUCCGGAGGAACAGCAGAAACUGAAGGAGUUUGUCCUCGUCCACGCCGCCGGGAACGCGGCGUGGCUCACAAGCUACGCCGUUCAACUUCAACAGAAAGUGAACGAAAUCGUCGACAAAACCAAGGCAGAAAAACCACUCACUGCCCCGGCGGGUAUCCGUCAGUGGAUGGAGAGAAAGGCAGGCACGAUCCGGCAGAAACUGAUGGGGAAGCGUGUAAACUACGCGGCGCGAACUGUGCUCGCGCCCGACGCGCUGAUUGCCACCAACGAAGUCGGCGUCCCGCUCGACUUCGCCAUGAAGCUCAGCAUCCCUGAAAAGGUCACCCCUCGCAACGUCCACGUUCUCUCCGAGAUGGUCAUCAACGGCCCACACAAGCAUCCAGGCGCGCUGGCGAUUAUGGACGAUGCAGGAAACCUCUUCAACCUCGAGUUUCUGUCUCCGGCGACUCGCCGCGCCAAGGCGCACCAACUGCUUCUCUCUGCCUCUUCCUCUUCGUCUUCCUUGUCGCCUUCCUCGUCGGACAUGCCCACAACGAACGGAAGCUUUACGGUGUACAGACACGUGCUCGACGGCGACGCCGUGUUGAUGAACCGCCAGCCUUCGCUCCAUCGCGUUUCGCUCAUGGGGCACUUUGUCAAGAUCACGCGCGGUGUGAGCUCGGUGUACCACAUCAACGACUAUCUGAUCCGCAACAAUCUGCUCCACUUGCUGGUCGAGAGGAAGAGCGCGCAGUCGAAACUCAAAGCGCUGAAGAACGCCAGUGGCUCUGACAAGCGAGAGGUCGGUGACGAGGACGAGGCGAGCCGGAAGAAGGCGCGGAAGACCGAGAAGAAGAGUCUGAUUCACUUCUCUGGCCUGUUCAAGAAGAAAAAGACCGAGAAGCCAAGCGAGGAAGAAGAAGAGAGGAAACACGACCACGACGAAGAACGGGGCCUGACGAAAGAGAAUGUGUUUCGGCUCAACUUCGUGAACUGCAGCAGUUACAAUGCAGAUUUCGACGGCGAUGAAAUGAAUAUGCAUCUUCCGCAGGACCACGUCGCCCGCACGGAGGCGGCCUAUAUUCUGAAUGCCGACUGCCACUUUCUGGUGCCCAAAAGCGGCGAGCCUCUUCGUGGCCUGAUUCAGGAUCUGUGUCUCGCCGGUUGUCUCCUGACGGCGCGAGACACCUUCCUCGACAUCCACAGCUUUCAGACGCUUGUUUACUCAGGCCUCUCGUGCUACCUCGAUUCGGGCCCCGGCCGAAUCAUCCUCGACCGUGGCCGGAAGGCCCUGAGCCGCCUGCAUGCGUCGGAGGUGGCGUCGCCCGCGAGCGGAAAGAAGGAAGGCGACCCAGAGACAGGAAGCGAGGAAGGGCGAGAGCGGUUCAAGGCCCCAGGCGACCCGUACAGGAGGCAGCUGAUCGAACAGACGCGACGUGGGAACUCGCGCCUCCACAUGGAGCCUCCCGCAAUUCUCUGGCCGAAGCCGCUGUGGACCGGGAAGCAGGUGAUUACAUGCAUCCUCAAGACGCUCGUCGACGGCAUGGCUGCUAGUCGCUUCUCGCAGUGCAGAGCCUCGGGGCAGGGGAAAGGCGGCCUCGGCUCCGGAGGCGGCGACGAGGAAGGAGAAGACGCGCUAAAUCGCUACGAAGGCGUCAACCUCACUGGAAAAGCCAAGACUCCCGGAGAUGCGUGGGGAGGCGCCGAAGACGGCGACAAGGAAGAAGAAGUCGUCAUUAUUCGAAACUCAGAGCUUCUCCAAGGUGUCUUCGAUAAGGCGCAAUUUGGGCCGACAGCUGGCGGUCUCGUUCACUGCGUAUUUCUUCUCUUUGGCGGAGCAGCUGCGGGGCUUCUUCUUCAGUCGCUCGCUGCGCUGUUCUGCGCCUUCCUGAAGCUAAGAAGCGCCACAACCUCCCCCGCGGAUUUCGUCAUGCGGCGCGAAGGCGAGCUCCAGAGACAAGCCUUGGUGCGCCAAGUGAUUCAGGCGGGGACUUACCUCCAGGAGCACUUCACAUCUCGCAUGAAUGCGCUGAUGGGAUGGCACGACGACGGAAGAGACAAUCCGCUCUUGCCGACCCUCUCGGCCUCGUGUUCUCACGAGCCGACAGGAGCGGAAUGCGAGGGCGGCCUGGCGAAGGACGAGAAGACGCAUGUCCUGUCGAAAGAUACCGCCCUUCUUAAGAUGGCGGCGGCUUCUGUCGCGCCGAAAGACGAGGCGAAAGAGAGCGAAAUGUCAGGGGACGACGCCGGCCAAGACGAGUUGUCUGCUGCCCUCGAAGGGGCUCUGAAGGUCGAAAAGUUGAAUCUUGCCAGGCUCUCGGACGCCGCAGCUUACGCUCUCCGCUUGCUGGGGACGGGGACAGCCUGUGAAGACGCAGCGGAGCCUCAGUCGCCUUCGGCGGACACCGAAGCACACAAGGGUAAGGCCGCCCGCGUGAAGCACGAGGCAGGCGCCUAUGCUGAGGAUUCAAAGGACCUUGCGAAACACCAGGGGAAAGACAGUCUCGAGUCUCCCGCCGCGACCUCGGCGCUUCUCCCUGCAUCGUCGCUGAAUCCCUGGAUCCUGUCGAGGUAUCUCAAGACGCCGGAAUUGUUGGCAGCUUCAGGCACGCUGCCGACGCGAAGAAGAAUGUGUGAAGAACUGAGGCGUCUGAUUGAGAUUUUGACCCACGUGCAGAAAACGGGGAGUCCUUCGGCGCGGAAAGAGCUCCUCUGUUUCCUCGCGUGCUCGCCCUCGCUCCAACAGCAACUGCCGCAUCUCGCGAAAGUCCUAGGCACAGACAGGCUGUUGCCAGUGCAACAGCGAUUGAGGACAACGCACCCCACUCAGGGUUCACAAGACGAAACUCCUCAAGCUCCUUUUCUCCAUCCUCCAGCUAACCACAUGGUAUCUUUGCCGAAUGGGGCCGCCAUCCAGGGCGACGCUGCGCUUCUUCAGAAGCGGCUUUAUCAUCCAUCUUGGCUGUGGGAAGGAGGCGAAGAAGCAGGGAGCAAGUCGGCGGAGACAGAGAGUUCAGAUGCAGCUUACUCCGUGGCCGCAAACAUCUUCGAAGGGACGGAGCGUUAUGUGCUGAAAGGGGCGAAAAAUGCCGGGAUCGGCGGCGGGGAAGGCGGCGCACAACUGCGUACUUUCCUCAUGCCGUCGCUUCUCACUGUGCGACGCAUUGGCGCCUUAUAUACGAGUCACUUUCGGGGUCGCGAAGACACCUUCAACGAGAUGCUCGACGCGUUCUUCCAGUCAGCGAUGGGCAAGGUUGCGUCCAAGUCGACGGACAUCAUGAAAGGGAGCUACUUCCUUUACCGUUUCCCUCGAAAUGGCUUCGCAUCCAUGAUCAAGAGCGGGUCCAAGGGAAGCAACGUCAACUUCGCUAUGAUUUCUGUCUUUCUAGGCCAGCAAUCUCUCGAGGGUCAGAGAGUGAAAUUCAUGACGAGCGACAGGUCUUUGCCUGCUUUCUUGCCGUUUGAUUUUGGGAGUCGGGCCCGAGGAUUCAUCACGUCGUCUUUCUUGUCAGGUCUGAAAGAAGAAGAGUAUUUCUUCCACUGCAUGGCUGGCCGCGAAGGUCUUGUCGACACGGCCGUGAAGACCGCGAAAAGUGGUUACCUCCAGAGAAGUGUGACGAAAGGUCUGGAAGCCCUCACGGUGCGCUACGACGGCAGCGUCAGAGAUGCAGACGACUCGAUCGUCCAGUUUGUCUACGGAGAUGACGGUCGAGACCCGGCCCACAGACUCACUUUUGAAAAAAUCGAUAUGCUCCUCGAGAAUCCGGCUAUUCUUCAGCGCGUGCAUGCGCCUCCUUCGCAACUCGGCUCUCGGCCGCCGGAGCGGCGCCUUGAGCUGGCGGGUGGGCACGGAAAGAACGCGGAAGCCAAAGCGCAAGACGAAGACAUCGACACAGAUUCGACCGCCGAUUCGGACUGCCUAGUCCAAGAGUACGGCUCACCGCUAACUCGCCUGGGCGUCACAGCGUUCCAGUUCGAGAAUGACAUGCAGCGGCUUGUAGACAAAGCGGUCGCCCGGUACGAGACCCUGCGGGCAGCCUAUUCUCGAACCCAAGACACGUCGCGCCAGAAGAAAAAGAGAAAGGCGACUGGACACGGAGUCUCCGAGGCGGUGGCUAGAGACACGCGUAUUGGACUCGAGAAGGACGAAUUGGAAAAGAUUCUGCGCGUGAUUUACCACAAAUGCUGCAUGCCGCCAGGCGAGGCCGUCGGCUGCGUCGCUGCCCAGUCCAUUGGCGAGCCGGCGACGCAAAUGACUCUCAACACGUUCCACUUGGCAGGACACGGCGCGGCGAACGUGACAAUGGGUAUUCCUCGUCUUCGUGAACUGCUCCAGCAGGGUGCGGUGACCAAAACUCCAAUUUUGUACAUUCCGCUGAGGACUGCGGCAAACCCGCGUGAAGACAGCCCCGGCGCAGAUCCAGAAGAGAGAGAAGUGGAUCAAGGGCGUGUCCUGGUCAGAAAUGCCGGCAUGGCUCUUCGAAGCUUUACCUCCAUCGGCCUGGCUGACUGCGUCCACAGCGUCGGCGUUGAAGCCAACGUUUGCUACCAGCCGCCGAACUGCCCCAAAGGGUGCCCCGCCUUCCACCUCCCGCCCUACGUGAGCCGCAGCAAUUCUCCAAAUCAGCUCACCGCGCCUUCGUCGCGACUGUACUGGCAGUACGAAGUCUGCCUUCAACUGGAGAAUCUGUCCCAUUUCUCUCAAGUCGUCAAAAGUUUCGCACCCGCUCAAAUAUGCACCCUCGUUCUGCGCAAGGUCAUUCGACCGUUUCUGAAAAAGGCCCAUCGCCUUAUGGUGGCUGCAGUCGCUCAUCACGGCCGGACGGACUUCGCAGAAGUGAGGAGCGACUUGCAAGCAUUUUUCCAAAACGCCAUUUGUCAAGACAAUAAACUGACGCAGUGGGAUCAUCGCUCGAAAGUGAAGGAAAUUCUUCGGACAGCGCGUGUCGGCGAUAGCGCGGCGGGCGAAGCAACUGAUGAGCUGUUUUCUGCAGGGGCAUCGAGGGCCGGCAACCAAGAAGAACGAGAAGAGGGAGACAACAAGCGAACCGAAACGGACGCCGAUGAAAAGGAGGCCGAUGGAAGCGAUCGAGCGAGCAGCGCCGACGAGGAAGAAAAGGAAGAGAAAAGCGACGAGGAGGGCGAAGCUGAAAACGACGAGCUACCAGAUGGAAGGGUCAGUGAAAGCGAACAAAGCGGUGCUCCGAGUGACGACGACCAGGAGAGAAGCAAAACGCGAAGCACCAAGAGUGAGAAACGUGGAGUCUCCUCCGCAAGUGGAGAUGCUGGCGUUAAAGCAGAGCAGGUGACUGACGAAGACGAGAGCUCAGGUUCUGGAGACGAAGACGCAACGAGUUCAGAGGAUGAAGACGAUCCGGAGGACGACGGCCGCAGUGGAAAGACGGGGGGAAAAUCACUCAAUGCUGACAUGCUUGCAAAAGGAGAGGUGUCGAGGGGAGGGCGGCCACGUGCCGAUGCCUUUGAAUCUAUGUUUUCGCCGCUGCUUCUCUCUUUUGCUCGCCUCGUGAAAGGGGAAAGCUUCGACAUGAAUACGCACCUGUUCUUCCCUCAAGACAAGAAGCAAGGCUCAAAAACCAAGAGGCCCAUCGCGGUUCCUGCCCCAGUCGAAUCGGAUGCACUCUGGGCCGACGGCCGCAAAUACAAGGGAUUCGUGCUCAUCACUCGGGAAGUCGCCUCCAUUCUCCACGAAGUCCUCGUGUGUCCUAGGACCUGGCGAAUCAUCCUCAAGUUUGGUUGGCCGUUCGAGCGCUGUCCCUAUCGAUUAGAACUUCUUCCUCUCCUUAUGGGCCUGCUGAAGAAAUGCAAAAUGCAAGAGCCUGAGGGCGUUGCCGCUCCUCGCAUUGUCCAGGGCGAGGGAUGCGUCACGAAGCAAAAGGUUGAGAUCCAGUGUGAGGGAUCCAAUUUCGGAUGGAUCCACCGCAUGAAGGACGAGGCGAUUGACCACAAUGGUAUCUUGACGAAUGACGUGAGGGCUGUCUUGAAGUACUACGGCAUUGAAGCAGCCAGAGUGUGUCUUGCUAGAGAGCUCGAACGAGUCUUCUCGGCGUACGGUAUCAAAGUUGACUAUCGACACCUGACGUUAAUAGCAGACUUUAUGACGCACGAUGGCACGCUACGGCCGUUCAACCGGCUGGGCAUGGCUGCGUCGAACGCUCCCUUCCUCCAGAUGUCUUACGAGACGUCUUUCAAAUUCCUGACGGAAGCUUGCGAACGGGCCGCAGUCGAUUCUCUGUCUACGCCGUCGGGCAGUCUCGUGGUCGGCACUCCGUCGGUGAUCGGGUCUCAGCAGCAUCAGGUAUUCACUCAGCUGCAUCCUGCGUUGCACCGGCAACGAGAUUUGUUCAAACUCUCGCGGAAGGGCAACGGCGUCUCACAAGGGGACAGCACUGGAAACGCCAAGGAUGAGCCUGAAGCACUCGUCUCUCGGAUAAAGAAAAAGCUGGUGAAGUCGGCGCAUGAGGACGACAAACCCUCUAGUCGUAUGAAUACGGACGCACCGGAGAUUGACAGGGGGGAGGUCGCAGGAGGGCAAGAAGGCACAGGGGUGAAGAGAGAAAAAAGCUCACAUCGACACAAGGAGCGGCGCGACUCGGCACUGUCGAACGAAGCUUUCAAUCCCGGAGAAAAUGGCGGAGAUGACGAAGCCAAGAAGAAGAAAAAGCGAAAACGAAAAGCAUUUGACUUUAUCUAA